AUGGUUCUCCUAGUCAUAGCAAUGGUAUUUAGUUUAUUGUGCAAGGAGAUAAGCCUAGUCAAUGGGGAUAUUGGCACGGCUACUUCUUAUAAUCCUCCAUAUACACCUACCAAGUGCAAUGGCAACAGAGCAGAUCAAUUUCCACCAGGAAAUCUAUUUGUAGCAGUGAGUGAAGGCCUGUGGGACAAUGGGGCAGCGUGUGGCAGGCGUUACAGAUUGAGGUGCUUGAGCGGCUAUAACAAGCCAUGCAAGGAUGGUACUGUUGACGUUAGGGUGGUGGACUUCUGCCCUAGAAGGCCAUGCCCUGCAACUAUUGUCAUGUCCAAUGAUGCUUUUGGAUCUGACAUGAAAUAUGCAAAUAUCAAGUCCUCAUCAGUGUGA